GGAAAUAAUCUUAAAGGUUAAACACAUUUCACAGUACAGACCAUGUUCUGAAUCAUGAAUACAGCAGUGUAAAUGGUACGCUACAGUGACAGACAGAGGAGUGAGGGUAGCUUCUAAAGCAGAGGAUCAAUACACUUUAUUUUGGGUGGCAAAAUAUUUUCUGUCACAGGUGGCACAAAACGACAGACUUUGGAAGCACACUUGGUGGUUAAAAAGAGGAAUGCAUGAAAAGGAGCUGUUUGCCUGGUUUUAAGCAGAGGAGUGUAAGGAUGAGGACAUACUGCUGACGGGGAGCGCGCCCACAGAGAACACUCGAGUCACUUACUAUUUUGGAAUUCUACUUUAUUAUAGGAAAACACAGUAAUAAAACAAUAUAAAAGCAAUGGCUAUCUUGGAGGUUUGAAAUAUUUCCUUAACAAGAAACUGGAACUGGGGGAAGAGGGACAGACUUCACAAGGAAAUCACUAAUCCAGUCUAACUAUGUUUUCAGAAGAGCGAAAGGAAGGAAGUCCGAGAUUCCGGAAACUUCAUUUUCCUGUUGGACUCUGGAUUAAUUCACCAAAAAAACAUUUUGCUAAACUAAGCAAAAAAUGGCCAAGUGUUGGCUCAGUCAAAUCUACAUCAUCUGAUACAGCAAGCAGAACCAGUGAAACAGUGGAAAUGCGUCAGCCUACAAAGAACAAAAACAACCGACACAAACGUCUUUCCAACAUUUUUCAACGAGGAAGUAGUGGUAUCCGCUGGGGAAGUGAGAAGAAGCUCUACGAAAUUGAAGAUGUGAAACUAGAUAUGGACACUAUGGCGGAACUUACUGGCCAGAAGAAUGUACCAGGCAUCCUCAAGAUCUUUGGGGAAGGGAUCUCUGCUGGGGCCAAUUACAAAAGUGUGCUGGCCACACCUCGUUCUACCUCCCAGGAAUUAGUAAAGGAAGCGCUGGAGCGAUAUUCUGUGGAUGUCACUGAUGUGCAGGAUUUUGUUCUCUGUGAUGUGAUUGGCAGCUUUGAAGGGGUGGAUGGGGACUGGAAGAUGGAAUACCUACGGAUAGUGGGGGAUUAUGAGAAACCACUUGUCCUGCAAGAUAUGUGGAAGCCCAAAACAGGCUUUUCUCGACGCUUUGAGAUUCGCAAGAAGACAGAAGUAGAGAAGUUAACAAUUGAUGACGACAAGGAAACAGCAGGGAUUAAUGCUCAGGCUCGAAAGCUACAGAAGAGCCGUUCCCGUGCUGCUUCUGGGGGCAGCACCCCUCUACCUCGAGAGGGAUCAGAUGGCACAUCUUUGCGCCGCAGUAUCAGUGAACUGAACUUAAAUGCACGCAGGCGGAAAGACCGGAAAAAUGUAAAGAGCAUGAUGGUGGCAGAUGCACAUAGUAUUGAAUCAGGGAACACCGAAUUGGAGAAUGAAACCCCAGCAACAAAUGCUCGAGAAGAGAACGACCUUGGUGGUGAUGGAGGCACUGGUGAUGUUGGUGGUGGUGGUGCUGAUGAAGAUUGUAUGGACCCUGAUAAGCUCGACAGGCUCUCUCAGAGUCUUAUACUCCCCCCUACAGACCUUCCUUACUUCUUGUUAUUGCAGGGAUAUAACCCUAAAGAGGAUUUUGUGGUGUAUGUGAUGACUGGUAAAAAACACAUUUUUGGAAAAGGAGGCAAAACUGCCUCUGGACAAAAAGAGAGGAUUGACACAUACUUGACAGCACCUGAUAUCCUUUCCCGACACUGUGUUAUCAGACAAGUGAGACUUCCAGGAAAACAGUACCAAAUGGUGGUACGUCCCUUUCGAGGGGCCUGUGUAACCCAUAAUGGAGGAAUUCUGCUGCGUGAAGCUGUACUACUUCCAGGAGAUUUAGUGGGUAUGGGAGAGCAUUUUCUUUUCAUGUACAAAGACCCAAGGGUUGCCCAAGACAGACUUGCUUGGCUGCCCAAACCCUCAACUCCUCAAACACUUAGUGGAGUCUUUUGUUGCCAAAUGUGUGGACGUUCACUUCAGGAGCGACAGGAGGCCUUCAGGGCCUACAUGGAAAGUAAAGAGUUACUGCUGCAGUAUUGGCCUGAGAAUGAAGAUUCUCUUUUAAAGGAAAUUUUAACUACAGCUGAUGGUGAAUUUAAACUUGCUCCUGCAUAUUUAUUCAGUCUCUGUAUCCAGCACUCCACGAGUUUCUUUGAACCUCAGCACUUCCCAAAACUUUUGCUUAAAAUAGCCAACAUCAUUAAAAAGGUUGUCUGGGACAAGAUCAAGGAGAUUGGAGACAGUCAGCCGGAAAAUCAACAGGUGAAGGCGUGUGGUGGUACUCUCAGUGUUGAACAGGUUGUCACCGACUUACGGCCCUUAAUGCUUUGGAUGUCUAAUUCUGUGGAGCUGCUGAAUUUUUUUCAGAAGAAAGUUCUGGAAAUGGAGAAAGACUGGGAAACUGAAGGUAUCGGCGAUGAUCCAUUAAUAGUCAACGACUUAGAAACAUGCGAGGAAGCCAUGACACUACUCGAUGAGGUCAUAAUGUACACAUUCCAGCAGUGUGUGUAUUACCUUACAAAGACUUUAUAUACUGCCUUACCUUCUCUCCUGGAUACAAAUCCUUUCACCACUUCUGGAGAUCUGGCCAACGUGGAAGACCUCAGCAGCAUGCCAGAGGGAGUCCGUGGUACCUUGGAUAUUUAUCAAGCUACAUUCCAUCUUAGCCAUGAGUGUGAACUGCACCCAGAUUUGCUAUCACAAACCUUUGGUUAUCUCUUCUUCUUUUCCAACACCUCUCUAUUCAAUACCCUUAUGGAACGAGGUAACGGAGACUCAUUCUACCAGUGGUCCAAAGCAGUUCAGAUCCGGACCAACCUUGACCUUAUUCUUGACUGGCUUCAAAGAGUUGGUCUGGGUGACAUUGCAGCAGAGUUUUUCCGCAAACUUUCUUCCACAGUUAACCUGUUAUGCAUCCCCAAGACAUCUCUGUUGAAGGCUAGCUGGGCCAACCUCCGUCUUGACUAUCCUGCUCUGAGUCCAGCACAACUAAACCAUCUGCUGAGAAACUACCAGUUGGGAUUGGGGCGACAACACCCUGAAACAUGGGACCCUCCUCCAGAAGAAAGAGUGGAUAUAGCAAAUGUUGACAUAUUUGAGAGUUUCACAGACCACCCACCUUUGAUUCUACCCAAUGACAAUUUCCAUCUCAAGCUGAGUGAGCCUGUCUCCAAUGAGGUGUUUCUUUCUCAGCUGCAGCAAAUCCGUCGCUUUGUCUGGAACCUGGAGCAGCAGUCACUGUCAACAAGCCAAAAGGCUUGCCUCGAUUCAGAGAGCAGCUCAUAGAACAUUACUUUCUGUCAGAAGGAGGUAGUAGUCCAAGAAGAGACCAACACUAACUAAGAGGGCCCCCAAGAAGUGUGAUAGCCAACAGAAGUGGACAAUGGCAAAGAUGAGCUAGUCUCAGAAUUUAUUAUAUGGACCUGCACAGAACAGCUUAUCAAACUAGACCAAUUGCACUCUAAAGGUUUCAGUCAAUUACAUGUAAUAAAUGUAAAAAUAAGCAUGCUUUCUUUCUUCGUGUAACUGCAGACAAAAACUGAGAUGGCAUCAACGUGUUCUCUUAAAGCCAAUAUUUAUAGUCUGAUCGUCAAAUGGACAUCCUUCACUGUUAAGCUUUGUGUGACUAAGUCUAGUCAAAGAUGAAAAAAGCUGCUAUUGUAUGCUUUAGCUGCUUCACCAUGAAAUAAUUAUGAUGUUAGUUGUCUUAAUUCCAUGACCACCAGUUAUAAUCCUUUGUGAGCACUCUUAUAAGGAAGACAAUUCUCAUUUGCAUUUUCUCAGUAUUACUACAUACUUGAUGCCUGGUUCUCUCAAAAUGGAUUCUCAUGUUAUCUCAACAAUGUUAGAGAUGCAGUACAUGUGGGGCCUCAAAAUAAUGUCCGUGGGACACAGACAGCGGCUGUCUGAUUAGCAAGAUGAAUGUACUUCCUCCUGCUUAUUUAAGGGUUACCGUCCUAUCUGCAGAAUAUUCGUAAUUUAACCAUUGGUCAUGGAUAUCAAAACAUUUGAGUAUUUUUUUAGAGAAUGUGCCAUUUGUGCAAGAAUUAUGUCAAAUGAAGUAGGACCAAACAUGUAAACAGAACAUACAUUUUCCCUAAUUAAUUAAAUAAAAGUUUAUUGUAGCA